AUGAAGAUUAAUCCGUUGACUAAAAUCAUUAGUUUGGCCACAGUCUUGGCUGCUGGAUUCCUUUUAAUUGUUCUAGCAGGAGCGAUAUAUGGGAACUGGUCUCCAGUGGCAAUUGCACUAGUCUUUGCUUUUGCCCAUCUUCCAAUUGCAAUCAGCAACCAGUUGAAUGUCAAUUUUGAUGAUUUUCUGAACGAAUCUACGGCGUACGCUUUAGAUUUUGGCAAAUUCCUGAGUGCUUUUUUAUUCGUUUCUGGAGUAGCUCUCCCGAUUCUUUUAUUUCAUUCACAUAUUCUUCAAUUUCCCGCCAUGAUACUAACGCUAUCCGGCGGAAUUCUCAUAUACGGAACGGUUUUCACAUUUACAGAAUUCUUUGAUGCCAGAGAGGAUGACGUUUUUGAUGUCUAA